AAGCGCUUGACCCAUCAACGAGAUGCGGAGGUUCGUCAGUCGACAACUACGACGCCAUCUUAUUACUUUAAGGUAGAGAGASAGAGACAGAGACAGAUAGACAAGGUUGUCAUCAUAGCUGGGAAUUAUGAGCGGAGCUAAAGCCCGCAUCGACCCGCCUGUUGCUGCUGAGAAUGUCUCGAGCGCCGGGCACAGUUCCGCGGCUCCUGCGCGGGAGCGCAAGCCAAGUGGAGGGGUUCUGAAGAGACUCAAGUCUCGGCGAAGCCAGGUUGAUAGUAGGCCCGUCACAGAAGAAGAUCUGCGGACACAAGUUGGCCACAUCACCCCUGAAGAGGUCCUAGGAUUGCGGGUUGCUACACGGGGGUACCUGUGUAAACCAGAGGACAACAUCUUCAACAUAGAUUUCAUUCGCUUUAAAAUCAGAGACCUGGAGACAGGGACUGUGUUGUUUGAAAUCGCCAAACCACCUCAUACGGAGGAAGACGAGGAGAAUGGAGAGGGAGACAUGAGUGCCGGACGUUUCGUACGCUACCAGUUCACAGCAGCAUUCCUACAACUGAGGACAGUGGGAGCCACAGUGGAGUUUACAGUUGGCACCCGGCCUCUGAACAGUUUCAGGAUGAUUGAGAGGCACUACUUCAGGGAUCACCUCCUGAAGAGCUUUGACUUUGACUUCGGCUUCUGUAUCCCAAACAGCCGCAAUACCUGCGAACACAUCUACGAGUUCCCUCAGCUGUCCGAGAGCUUGGUUUGUCAGAUGGUGGAACAUCCCUACGAGACGAGAUCGGACAGCUUCUACUUUGUCGACAACAGACUGGUCAUGCACAACAAGGCAGACUACGCUUAUAAUGGGGGCAGGCAUUGAGAUGUGGUGUGUGUGUGUGUGUGUGUGUGUGUGGUGUGUGUGUGUGUGUGUGUGUGUGUGUGUGUGUGUGUGUGUGUGUGUGUGUGUGUGUGUGUGAGUGAGUGCAUGCUGUGCCCAAGCCUAUAAUCACACAAACAGACUCUCCCCCAAAUGUUGAUUACUGUAAGUUAAAAAGCCUUUAUUGUCAUGGUAUAGCUGUAUAGUAUGGAAAAGUUUAAAAACAGCAGGACAGAGCCGCAUAGAGCCACAUAGACUACUGGCAGUAGUAUGGCAAAACUCUGCCAAUAGUGCUUUCUCUGUACCACCAAAAGGAAGCAGGUUGAACCCCAAUGAUGUAUCUCAACUAACCAAAUGGUUGAUUUUAGUGUGUAGUUAUACAGUUGAUGUACUGUGCACUCCUUGGCUUUUAAGGGAAAGCAUAUUCCCCACUUUUGUUGAACCAUGAGAAGCACUAGUUUGCCACCAAAUUCAGCUUUUUAGGAGUGAGUCAUACCCGUAAAAGACCCAACAAUGACCACACACACAGGCAGGCAGACAAACAAUCUUUCUCUCUUUCUCUCCCUAUUUCUAUUUCUCUCUAUCAGAACCUGCUGUGCUCAGGUCCACACUCCAGUCUGGAAAUAUAAUUAAGAUGGGAAUGGGGAAGACAUCCACGCACUCACACACUCACUGUCAAAUACACAUGCUGUGGGGGUGCUUUGCUGCAGGAGGGACUGGUGCAUGUC